AUGAAUAGGCCACCUGAGGGGAUUUCCUCUUCUGGGAGCCUCAAUGAAUCCCCAGAGGCGCCUCAUGAGGCGCCGUCGGCCCCUGUAAGCCGCCAGACCUCUAUUACGUGUUGCAGCAAGGAAGGCGUGUGUGUGAGUGUGGGGGUUCUGGGGCACGUGGACAGCGGGAAAACCUCGCUCUGUAGAGCUCUUUCGCAGGUAAUUAGCACCUGUGGCCUAGACAAGCAUCCGCAGAGCAAAGAAAGGGGCAUUACCUUAGAUUUAGGAUUCUCAGCCUUCCAGCUUGCUCUGCCGCACGUACCUCCAUGCUGCAAGGCGUCCCCCGCGCAUACACCAGGCACUCACGUGAAUGCAGCGGGCAGCUCCCAUGCCGCAUGCGCUGCCGUCACUGCGGCGCCGCUUCCCUCGGACGGCUCCUCUCCAGCACAAGCUGCAAGAGAAGCAGCGAGAGCCUCACACGCGGCAGCUGAAAUCCAGCUUCCCGCAGAUGCAUGCGCUCGAGAGGAGGCUCUCCAAGUGCAGAUCUGUCUGGUAGACUGCCCAGGCCACGCCUCCCUUGUGCGGACGGUAAUCGGAGGUGCUCACAUCAUCGACCUUGCCCUCCUCAUUGUUGAUGCCACAAAGGGACUGCAGACGCAAACCGCAGAAUGCAUUGUCAUAUGUGAAGCCAUCCGAAAACCACUCCUCGUAGUCCUCAAUAAAAUCGACUUAAUACCAAAGGCGUCGAGACAGCAAAAGCUGCGAAGUGCGCAUGUCAUUUUCUUUGCGCGUGCAGGGAAGGGAACUGUUGUUACAGGAACAGUCCUCAGGGGCGGCCUGAAGAUCGGCGAUACCCUCACGAUGCUCUCUGCCGCAACUGCAGGGGUAGUAGCCAUGGCAGCGAAAGUGAAAGGCAUUCAGAGAUUCCACAAAGAAGCUUCCGAAGCUCGCACAGGCCAGCGGGCAGCAGUGUGUCUCGCUGGGGUUGACGCCUCCCACGUGGUAUGUGCCCCCGCACCGCAUUCUCCUUUUUGUCUAGCGACUUUCGGCUGCCUUGUACUGUGGGGAGAGCAUGCAGAGGCUUUGCAGAGGCCUCGCUGCGCAUGCGCAGGAACGGGGCUUACUCGCCGCUCCAGGGGGUGUUCCACCCAUCUUCAAGGCUUGUAUUGCCUCGGUGCGACUCAUACGGAUCUUCCACUUGCCUGUAAGCCGCGGAGAUGUUUCUCUGCAUGCGCCGCUGCUACAGCCUAUAAGCAUGCUGCGUCGCGGAAAAAAUGCGUGCCUUCGUGCACUCUCAACGAUUGUAGAAACUGCGAAAGGGAUCAUACCCCCAAAAAUCGAAAUAACCCCCCUCUUUCCUUCACAGGCAAACCAGCUGACGUUCAAUCUGGGCAGCGAUUCCACUGCACCUUUGGACACCUUACCGCCAUUGCGACAGUGCAUUUCUUCAGUCGUAUCAGCGCAGCCGCAGCACAAGGUGUUGCAUCCCCUGCUGGAGCUCCCAGUUGGCGCGAAGAAAAAUCGAAACCGCCAAACAGUCUUCAGGGAUCUCAUAGUGCACCCAUGCCAGCGUUUGAUAGCGCCCAGGUGUACGAGGAGACAAAAGGGCUGAGUCAGGAAACGCCAACAGCCUUCGCACUGCUGACGUUGGAUCGCCCUGUCCUGGCGCUUAUGGGGAGUGUCUUGCUAGCGUCACGUCUUGACGUUGAGGCCUCCCUCUCGACCUGCCGACUGGCCUUUGAGGGGCAUAUUCUCCGCUUCAUCCAGGAGCCGACGCAACUUCCUCCUCGCAGUGUUCCCUUCAGUGCAGGUGGCGCGUCUCAGCAGUCGGGUAGAGGCGCGGCUCAGUCGAAGACGCAGACUCUCAAGGCACGAGACUCAGGCACAGCACAAGCGGCGUCGGCCAUAGUCUCCGCAGAAGCAGCAGCAGCGGAAGUACCUUUGCCUAUGGAAGCGCUGCGAGUGGUUCGCAGGAAGCUGCGUCUAGGCGUCGUGGAACGCUUUGGGUGUCAGGGGGCCUCUGCGUGUAUGUGCGGGGGAGGCAGAAAUUCUGCCAGUGCCUCGCAUGAGGCUGCAAGGCGUCCAGGAACGUGUCAAUUCCUCAGCACCUCCAUGGUAGUUCGGGGUCUCUUCAAGGACGCCCAGCAUGUGCGACGCUUCGCAGGAUUCAAAGUGGCUCUUGUGGAGGCGCAUGCGGAGGAUGCAGAGAGGCGUUUGCGCAGUGGACCUGGGGAUGCCCUCUACGACGCCUGCCUCUCCCUGUGCCUGCCCGCCCUGGCGUGCCCGUCUCCCUCGGAGCUGAAGUUAGACAGCGGGGGUGUCACAGACACGUCGAUCUUUCCAGAGUCUUCAGAAGGAACCAGCACGCAUGGGGACAGCGAGGCAGGGAACACACCCAGCAGCUGCCGUUCGCCGCAUGCAGGGGCUGGCGUGCUGGUGCGAGCGGCGCGUGUAGGGGCCGCCUUCGGCAGCAAGGGCAAGUGCCACGUAGAGCUGCUGCAGAGCCUCAGCUGUGCGGAAGUAGGAGCUCAAGGGGGCCUGGGGGGAGGAGGAACGCAGUUCUGUGUCGUGCUGAUGUACUGCAAGUGCUGCUUGGGAAAACACCAGUCCCAACAGUCGCUACUCCAACCCUAA